AUGGCAACAACAAUGUCCAGAGGAGUCCAAUCCAUGAAUUCCAAACUUCUCAAGACAGCACUGCAUAAGAGCUAUCAUAGGGAAAGCUCAUCAUCUUCUAGUGAGUUGAAGGGAGUGGUAGAAGGGCUCAAGGGAGUGGACGAUAAGGAUGAUUGCCAAGUGGAUGGCUAUGGUGGGUCAUGGUGGAUCCCACAUCAUCAGACCGGGAUUUAUUAUCCCAAGGGUCAUGAGAAAGUGAUGGAAGAUGUCCCCAUCGAAGCUGCAAAAUCCAAGGAAGUUCAUCACUUUUCAAGCCACGACGAUGGUGUAGAUACGUAG